GAAGCCCGAAAGGGUCUUCCCAUAGUUGCAGGGCUUGAGGAUUUCUGGCUAAUUACGCCACGAAGAUCACUUGAUCCAACGGGCCUUCUCAUUCAACGCCGCUUUAAACGCGUUGUGUUGCGCCAAUCAGCUGACCCCAAAUGAAAGGGAAGCCAGCAAUUCUCGGUCCUUUCCGUGCUGUCAGUGGAAAUCAGAUACCAGGACUUGGGAGACCAUCCCUUUCUUCCACAUUCCCUUCUGCUAGCUGAGGUCUUCGUUCUUCCAUCUAAAGUGUCUUGUCUAAUAUGGUGCAGCAAGCAUUAUACAGAGCUCUGGUCUCCACCAAAUGGCUAGCAGAAGCUGUGCGGGCCAAUAAGAUUGGGCCUCAACUUCAGGUGCUAGAUGCUUCUUGGUAUGAACCCGGAACGAGAGAUGCCCCGAAAGAGUUCCGAGAACAGCACGUGCCCGGUGCCUCUUUUUUUGAUAUCGAGGAGUGCAAAGACAAGUCAUCACCGUAUGAGCUCAUGCUGCCCAGUGAGAAACACUUCGCUGACUACGUUGGCCACCUGGGCAUCAGCAACGACACGCAUGUCGUCGUGUAUGAUGGAGACGAGGUGGGUAGCUUCUAUGCACCACGGGCCUGGUGGAUGUUCCGGGUCUUUGGCCACCGAACUGUCUCAGUGCUGAAUGGAGGGUUCAAGAAUUGGGUGAAGGAGGGUCACCCGGUGACAUCACAGGUCACCCGGAUGGAGCCAGCUGUCUUUAAAGCCACCCUUAAUAGGUUGCUCCUGAAGACCUAUGAGGACAUUCUGGAGAAUAUGGAAUCCAAGCGGUUCCAGUUGGUGGAUGCCAGAUCGGAAGGGAGAUACCGAGGAACAGAACCCGAACCUGGGAACACAGAUCUAGGGAUUGAACCAGGUCACAUCUUAGGCAGUCUGAACAUGCCUUUCUUCAAUUUCUUGACUGAAGAAGGAUUUGAGAAGAGCACAGAAGAAAUCCGGAACAUGUUUCAGGAGAAGAAGGUGGAUCCCUCAAAGCCACUGAUUGCCACGUGCCGCAAGGGGAUCACGGCCUGCCAUAUUGCUCUGGGGGCAUACUUGUGUGGCGAACCUGAUGUGUCCAUCUAUGAUGGAUCUUGGUCCGAAUGGUUUCGUCGUGCCCCAUCAGAGCUCAAAAUUUCUGAGUGGAAUCGCAGGAAGGCACAAGCAAGGGAAUGACCUUCUGCUGUGGUUUUCCCUCAUUCAUGCUUUGAAGUUUGGUUCUUAGUAAUUUGUAACAAAGGUCAAGGGAUAGGGAAAUAGGUGAAGUUCCUAGUCUUUUAUAAUUUUCUAGUUCUUUUUUCUAAUCCAAUGGCAUUGCUGUUGUUAUUCAUUUUCAUAAGCUGAUAACUGAAUAAAACAAAAUCUCAGAUCAAGCGGUCUUUUCUCUCUGUGCCUUUUCUAACCACCCACAGCUAAUGCCAGAACAGGAAAGUUUCUGUUAUUAUUGUUAUUGGCAUUUGUA